AUAAAUAAGGCAGCAGCAGAAGUAAAAGUCCGAGUCCGUCAUUUCAGGUUAACUCUCCCAAACCCAAGUGUCAUCCAUCCAAUCCAAAUACCAAAAUAAAAUGAUAUGACAACUGCAGCUUCACAGUGCAUCUUCUGCCAGAUCGCCGGCAAAUCCACCUCUACCACUCUCCUCCACACUGAUGACAAGGUCGUUGCUUUUCAAGACAUCCGCCCGGCUGCUGUAAGGCAUUACUUGGUUAUUCCUGUGGAUCACAUUUCAACUGUUAAGGAUCUUCAAAGGAAACCUGAAGACUACUCUUUGGUAAAUCACAUGUUAGAAGUGGGGAAAACGCUAAUUCAACGAGAUGCACCUCAAUGCCAUCAGUACAGAUUUGGCUUUCAUCAACCUCCAUUCAACUCUGUUAACCAUCUUCACCUCCAUUGUUUCGCACUGCCGUACACACCCAGAUGGAAGUGUAUGAAAUAUAUAGCCAUGGGACCAUUUGGAUUUCUUGAGGCUGAAAAGUUGCUGGGGAAGAUAAAGCCUCUGCCACAAGUUAUUUCUAAAGUUUGAAAAUUGCGUGAUAAGUAGCAGUUAAACAUGAUUGAAUUGGUUUUCCCUAAUAAGUGGGUUGUAAAACCAAAAAAGAAGGUAUAUAUACUAUGUUUAAGCCUUGUAAUGAAUCAUGUAUCUUGGUUGUGCUUACUUUUAUAAUCUGCAUUGCUUCAAAUCGGACUGAGUUUUACCGUAUUUGCUUAUGAAUCAAUCAAACGAGGUAUAAUUACAUA